GGGCUCACUUAACGGGCGCAGGUGCGUCGGAUUUGCGGCGAUGUGGCGCAGCUGAGCCCCUUCUUUCCCAGGACUGGACUCUGCGGCGCAUCUUAUGCUAAGCAGAAACUCUUCCGCGGACGGAAGCUUUAAUUUGCGCACGGGACAGGAUGUGUUCUGCAAUAAGAUCCUGUUCGGAACUCAGCCUCCUGGUGAGGAUUCGAACAUAGGAGCAACACGGAACUCGGACACGCGUUUGACCGCGCUGUCAUUGUCCCUGUCCACCAACAGUCCCAGCAGCUGAGCCGGAGACAGCUGUCCGCUCCACCACUCUCUGUUUGCGCACAGGACGGCUUGAGAUGAGGACCACAUCCCGGCUGCGCUCCGAGUGAAGAGGCGAGCCGGGCGGCUGUUUCAUUCAGGGGAGGGGAGGCUUCUCAAGGACGCGCACGCCAGAAACCCCCAAAAAGUGGCCGCCAGCUGAGCCGUUUAAAGCUGAGAAGGAUGGAGCGGGACGCCCAGGACACCGUGAGCCCGUCCAAAAAGACCAUCAUCGCCAAGAUCUUUAAAGUUCGCAAGAGGAGGGAGAUGAUGUUCGUGCAAGUGUGCUUCAUCUGCAGUGUCCUCUUCGUGGCGUGGAGCAUGUCGGCGCUCCUAACUAAGACAGGACAUGGGAUGAUUGUGGAGGGGCAUCCAGACCUUGAACACUGGGGGAGAAGGCUAAUGGCCUCAGUAUUAGAAAAUGAGACGGAGCCAAAGAACUGCUCAGAGCCAGCAAUCCACGAGUUUCCAGAUGACCUUUUUACCAACAAUGAACGAAAGAGUGGAGCCGUCCUGCUGCACAUUGUGGCGACUCUCUACAUGUUCCUGGCCCUCGCCAUAACCUGCGACGAAUACUUUGUGACUUCGCUGGAGAAGAUCUGCGAGAAACUGGAUCUCAGUGAAGAUGUUGCAGGAGCCACCUUCAUGGCAGCUGGCAGUUCUGCACCAGAGCUCUUUGCGUCGGUCAUCGGUGUCUUCAUCACCCACGGUGACGUGGGAGUGGGGACCAUUGUCGGCUCAGCAGUCUUCAACAUCUUAUGCAUCAUUGGUGUCUGUGGAAUCUUUGCUGGACAGGUGGUGGUGCUAACCUGGUGGGCUGUUUUCAGGGACUCCUUCUACUACAUCCUGUCCGUCGUGGCUUUGAUUGCAUUUAUCUACGAUGACAAGAUUGUUUGGUGGGAGAGUUUAAUACUGGUCGUCAUGUACGCCGGAUACAUCCUCAUCAUGAAAUUCAACUCCAGCAUGCAGCAGUUCUUCAUGGGGAAGCCAAAGAAAAAUGUGGCCAACGGUAACGCUGCGACCAGCAGUGAAAUGGAGGACGGUAAUGAUUGUUUUGACUAUGUUGAGGAUGAUGACCCGUCAUCACCUUUACUCUCAGCAGUCAAGCCCAGCAAGCAGUACAGCUGUGGCUCUGUGGUGAUGGUGGAUGAGAUGAUGAAUGCCAGCCCUUCAAAGUUCAGGUUUCCAGAAGCAGGUCUCAGAGUCAUGGUCACCAGCCACUUUGGACCGAAAACCCGUCUGCGCAUGGCCAGUCGGCUCAUCAUCACGGAGCGCCAGAAGUUGGUGCAAGCAUCCAAUGGUGUGGAGACACAAGUGACUGAUGGAAAGAUUGAAAUAGAGAACGGGAACGUGCCAGAGGACAAACCCACCGAGGCAGAGCAAAGUGAAUCCAUCUCUCCGUUUCACAUCCCAAGUGGAAUUGGCAGCAAGGUGAAGUGGUUGAUCUCAUGGCCCCUGCUCCUUCUGCUCUACUUCACUGUCCCAAACUGUGCCAAGCCUCGCUGGGAGAAAUACUUCAUGGUCUCCUUCCUCCUCUCUACGGUCUGGAUUGCGGUUUUCUCCUACCUAAUGGUCUGGAUGGUCACUAUAAUUGGCUACACUCUGGGAAUCCCAGAUGUCAUCAUGGGCAUCACGUUUCUGGCAGCGGGCACAAGCGUUCCAGACUGCAUAGCCAGUCUCAUUGUGGCUCGGCAAGGUCUGGGCGACAUGGCGGUGUCAAAUACAAUUGGCAGUAACGUGUUUGACAUUUUAGUUGGACUUGGGGUUCCCUGGGCGAUGCAGACCAUGUGCGUCGACUAUGGAUCGGAGGUGAUGAUCAACAGUCGGGGCUUGGUGUACUCUGUGGUGCUCCUGCUGGGCUCUGUGGCACUCACGGUGCUGGGGAUCCAUCUGAACAAGUGGCAGCUGGAUUUCAAACUGGGGGUGUACGUCCUCGCCCUGUACGCAGUCUUUCUCUGCUUCUCCAUCAUGAUAGAGUACAACGUCUUCACGUUCGUCAACCUGCCCAUGUGCAUGGAGGAGUAGAGCACAGCAGCAUGCCUCGAAUACCAAAACUUCAACGGCCCCGAAAAACGAACGCCCAUCUUUUUUUUUUUUUUUUUUUUUUCGGAAAACUCUGGACCAAUUUUCCUUCCUUGCUUGCGGUCUUUCUUUAUAAAUGUUUCUAAAAAUGAAUAUAAUUUUCUUAAGACUGUAUGCUCUAAUGUU